AUCAGUCGCUGUCAAAUUUGACAUUUCAAAGUUUGUUUUGCUUUUGUGUCGUCGAAAUUUUGUUGGAAUUUCUCUGGGAAAUUGUGAAAAUUCUCUGUGAAAAUGAGUUCAAAUGUGUGGAUAAAUAAAUGCCGGCUAUGCCUGGAGGAUAAGACGAAAUUCAUCGACGUCAGCACGUCGGAAGAACUUGCGGAAAUUGUUGAAAAGAUGCUUCUGGGAUUGUUCCAGAUUUCCAUUGUCCCGGAGGAGAAUCUUCCGCAGGAAAUUUGCUUUGACUGCUGGGAGAAGGCAUAUCCAAUGUAUCAGUUCCGUUUGCAAGUGAUGGAGAAUCAGAAGCUUCUGGAGCAGCAGAUGGCUGAGGAAGCAGCAUUCUACAGUGAUUUUGUUAAGGAGGAAAAUGAGACAGUUCAGCAGGAGGAAGAGAUUCUGGAGGAGACAGAAAUCCUCGAGGUGGAGGAGAUUGAUGAAGCACCGGAUUUGCAUGAGAACAUCCAGGAAAUCUGUGAUGAGGGCACGAUGGAUGAUUUAAUUGUCGAAGAACCAUGGACGGAGGUUGUUGAGGAAGUCGAUCAAGUGGACUAUGAUGAGGAAACAAAGGAAAUCUCCAUACUCGAGGAGAGCUUUGAGAAAGCAUCGCCGGAAAAGACAAAGAAGCGUCAGAGGAAUUCCGAGCUGGAUCGGGUGAUUGCGGAGAAUUUCCCGGAAUUUGAGAAAAUUACCUGCCCCCUGGGGACAAUGACGUGGGCUGAGAAGGAUGACAUGGUGAGGAGUUUUGUCGCACUCACGUGCAAAGUUUGCGGGGAAGAAGGGAAUUUUGACACCUUCGAGGAUCUCCUGAAGCAUCACACAGUUAAGGGGCAUCCCGGAAAGCCCUCCGUGGUGUGUUGCAAUAAAGAAUUCUCCGAAAGGAAGCUCCUCUACAGUCACCUUGUCCUCCAUCUCCAUCCCGACACGUAUGCAUGCUUUGUCUGCAAGAAGCGCAUGAAGACGAAGGAUUACCUGAAGAAGCACCUCUUCUCGCACCUCCCGUACGAAUUACGUCCCAUUCAGUGCGACAAAUGCGGGAAGAAGUUCCUCGGGAACAAUCAGCUGAAAGCCCACAUGCAAUCACACGAAUCCGAGCACAUUGUGAGGCAGAAACCCAAGAAAUUCCGUGAGAAUGUUUGGGAGAAAGUUGAGGAGGAAGUCCUCGUGGGAACAACAAUGGAUGAAACUGAUCGGGAAUUACGGAAGUUUGACAGAGAUCGUGCCAUCUACGAGCACUUCCCUGGCUUUGAAUUCCUCACAAAUCCACAAAAUUCCAUCGCUCCCGAGGAGAGGGAUGAUCUCAUAAGACAAUUCGUCGUGCUGGACUGCAAGGAGUGUCCGGAACAGCCGAAAUUCAACCUCUUCGAGGAACUUCAGGCUCACUAUGAGCAAAUGGGGCACACAAGUCGCCCAUUUGUGCGUUGCUGCACGAAGGAGUACUUCCGGAAGGAACGUAUCAUCACCCACAUUGCCAUUCAUCUCAAUCCCAAUGCUUUCGCUUGCCCUGUGUGCCACAAACAAUCCCAAUCGAAGGAUCUCCUCAAGAAGCAUCUCUACACGCAUCUCCCACGCGAGGCGCGCCCCCUGGAAUGCGCAGAGUGCGACAAGAGAUUCUGCCACAAAGCCCAGCUGCGCUUCCACAUGGCCUCGCAUGUGGCUCCCGAGGGUAGGAAGUACGUCUGCGAUGAAUGUGGCAAAGGAUUUGCCUACCAGUUUGUCCUGGAUCGCCACGUGAAGGCGCAUCAGCGUGUUCGUGACUACGUCUGCGAAGUCUGCGCCAAGGCCUUCACCGGACGCAGCAACUACCUCGAUCACAAAAUGCGCCAUCAUGACAUCCCGGAUCCCGUUGUGUGCCCCAUCUGUGGCAACAAGUACCGCAACAACAUCAGCCUACGCAGCCACAUGGCCCUCCACACAGAUCGGCGGGAGCACAAAUGCGAAACCUGCCAGAAGGUCUUCACGGCACGAGCGGGUCUUCUUGCGCACAUCCGCUACGUCCACUCAGAUCGGUGGCUCUACAAGUGUCACAUCUGCAAGAAGAAGAUCCGCACGAGGGUGGAGCUCAGGGAUCAUGUGGCCAGGCAUACGGGCACCACGACGCAUCAGUGCGAAUUCUGCAGUAAAGCCUUCACAUCGCGCUCCUACUACUUCUCCCAUCGCAAAAAGUGUCAUCCCGUUGAACAUGCUAAGCUGCCAAAGAAGCAAAAGUUCUUUGUCUUGGAAAACUGAAGGAUUUGGAAGUUUUUUUUUAAAGAAAGUUAGAAUUGUAGACUAAGCUUGAUUAGCUGAUUAUUGAUGAAUAAACAUUUGACAUUCAAA